AUGAGGAAGAGAAUGGAGGAGAUUGCAAGAUGGAAUAGAGAAGCAAAGACUCAUGAAAGAGGUAGCAGGAAUAAUUUUACGCUAAGAAUUGGAAGUACUCGUUAUUAUAGCGAAGAUGUAACUCAUUUGCCCAUCAUAAGAGACCCUGAAAUUCAAAAUGUUUUCAAAGACUUAAUGGCUGCAAGUUGGGAUGACUCUAAAAGUACUGAGGACAAGGCUGGACAGGAGGCACUGGCAAAUGUUUUCCGUGCAGCUGAGGCAGUUGAGGAAUUUGGUGGGAUUCUUGUAUCUCUGAGGAUGGAAAUUGAUGACAGCAUUGGAUUGAGUGGUGAGAAUGUGAAGCCCUUGUUAGAUGAGUUUGUGAAUGCUCCCUGUACAGUCUAUAAGCGCUACACUACAUAUUUGGAUGCAUUUGGACUUGAUGAGGCCUAUUUACGUAAGAAAGUAGAGACUGAGUUGGGGACAAAGAUGAUACACUUAAAGAUGAGGUGUAGUGGCCUCGAUUCUGAAUGGGGGAAGGUUACCGUUCUUGGGACUUCUGGACUUUCUGGGUCUUAUGUUGAGCAAAGAGGUCCAUAGUUUUGGAAAGUUGUCAUUUCCCAUAAGCUUUCUCAUUUUAUGAACAUCUUUAAUACUUGGAGAGAGCUUGGUAUAUUUUCUUCAGAGAAGUUA